CGGCGGGUCGAUGUCUCAAAGGUCAAUGUGAGGUUUUUGGUGCUCGGCGGGACACUGACCUGAAAUCAGCUUCAAAACCUGAACGAUCGUCACUAAACCUGCUCAGGAUGAGGUCGGCCGAUUGGUUCUUGUUUCUGGCGUUUCUACCUUUGGUCUCAUCCACUGAACUCCUGGACAUCUGCAGCGCCAAGCCCAAAGACCUCGCCCUGCAGCCGCGCUGCAUCUACCGCAAACCUGACCCGGAGGACUCGGACCCGAAGCCCCAAACCUUCCCUGAGCCCGCCAACCCCCGAGUAUGGGAGCUGUCGAACGCCAACAGCCGCUUCGCCUUGUCCCUGUACAAACAGCUGAGCCGCAGCAGGAGCCCCGAGAGCAACAUCUUCAUGUCCCCCAUCAGCAUCUCCACCGCGUUCGCCAUGACCAAACUGGGAGCCUGCAACCACACGCUGGAGCAGAUCAUGAAGGUGUUUCAGUUCGACACCAUCUCAGAGAAGACGUCCGACCAGGUCCACUUCUUCUUCGCCAAACUGAACUGUCGCUUGUACAGAAAGAAGGACCAGAGCACGGAGCUGAUCUCUGCCAACCGGCUGUUCGGGGAGAAGUCCCUGCUCUUCAACGAGACGUACCAGAACAUCAGCAAGAUGGUGUACGGAGAAAAACUGCUGCCUCUAAACUUCAAGACGAACCCUGACGAGGCUCGGGUCACCAUUAACAACUGGAUUUCCAACAAGACGAACAACCGAAUCCAGGACACGCUGCCAUCAGGUGCGCUGGACUCCAACACUGUCCUGGUUCUUGUCAACACAAUCUUCUUCAAGGGUCAGUGGAAAAGUAAGUUUCCCAAGGAACACGUGUUCCCCUCGGACUUCUCCGUCAGUGAAGAUCGGAGGUGUCAGGUCCACAUGAUGUUCCAGGAGGUCAAAUUCAAGUACAAACAUUUCCCCGAUGACAAAGUGCAGCUGCUGGAGAUGCCGUACCGAGCAGACGACAUCACCAUGGUGAUCAUCCUGCCGAGCAGCGAGAACCCCCUCAGUCAGGUGGAGGAAAGUCUGGACCUGCAGAAACUGAACGGCUGGCUGAACCAGAUGAAGGAGACCACGGUCUCCGUCUCCGUCCCUCGCUUCAGGGUGGAGGACAACGUGAGUCUGAAGGAGAAGCUGCAGGACAUGGGACUGACGGACCUGUUCGACGCCAGCAAGGCCAGCCUGCCAGGGAUCCUGGAGGACGGCAGCGCCUCCCUCUUCAUCUCUGAAGCUUUCCACAAAGCCUUCCUGGAGGUGAACGAGGAGGGGAGCGAGGCGGCGGCGGCCACGGCCGUGGUGGCCGUCGGACGCGCCAUGAACCUGAACCGCGAGGUGUUCCUGGCCGACCGUCCGUUCCUGGUGCUCAUCAGGGAGGCGAGCCUCAACACGCUGCUGUUCGUGGGCCGCGUGGCCGACCCCUGCGACCCAUGAAAACUGCGCUCAGAUCAGCCGCUCACAAAACUGCUCGAGGCUUAACGUUGUUUUUUACUGUUAAUGUUCGUAAUGAACAGAAUGUGUGGAGGUUUGUCCCUCCUGCUGCCCUCGGGUU